UUUUACUUCACUACCAGCGAAGCUGCAACGGAGGAGACGAGGAGCCAGAAGGAGCAACGAAACAAGCCUGGAAUUUACCUCGCACAUUAAAAAAAAAAAGGAAAGAAGAGUCCUCCGUCUGUCAUCCCAUGCUCCUGUAGUGUAUUCCCUCACAGAGUGUUGGAGAUAUCAUGGAAACUGAAUGAUGAGGAGUUUGUGGCUGGACAGCAGCUGACGGACUGAACCAUGGAUCAGUUUCCCUCGCCCUUCGGAGGGGGGUCGGAUACAUGGGUAAUAUCUGUGGACGAGAGAGCCAAACAUGACCAGCAGUUCCACAGUUUGACGCCCACACCUGCUGGCUUCAUCACAGGUGACCAGGCAAGGAAUUUCUUUCUGCUGUCAGGUUUACCUGCCCCCAUCCUCGCACAGAUAUGGGCCCUGGCCGACAUGAACAACGAUGGGAAGAUGGACAUGCAUGAAUUUUCCAUCGCAAUGAAGCUGAUUAAAUUGAAGCUGCAGGGUCACCCCCUCCCUCCUUCACUGCCCACCUCCAUGAAGCAGCCACCCCUCUCCAUACCCCCGCAGCCCCCUUUUGGGAUGACCAGUAUGGGGGCAAUGCCAGGUCUGCCAGCGGUGCCACCCAUGCCCCUGCCCCCAGGAGUGCCGGGAGUAGGCGUGUCUCCACCACUGGUAGCAUCAGUGACCCCAGCGGUACCAUCUCUUGCUAAUGGAGCGCCCGCUAUGGUACAACCCAUGAGUGGAUUCUCACAUCCAGCUUCGUUCAAUCGUUCCAGUAUCAAGCUACAGAAGGGCCAGUCUGUAGAGGCACCCAGUGCUCCGGCUGCUCCUCCGCCCACUGACUGGGCCGUGUCUCAGUCCUCUCGGCUCAAGUACCGCCAACUCUUCAACAGCCAUGACAAAAUGAUGAGUGGUUAUCUCACAGGUCCACAAGCCAGAACUAUUCUAAUGCAGUCCAGUCUACCGCAGACCCAGCUGGCAACCAUCUGGAACCUGUCAGAUAUAGACCAGGAUGGAAAGUUGACUGCAGAAGAGUUUAUUCUGGCCAUGCACUUAAUUGACAUGGCCAUGUCCGGUCUGCCUCUUCCGCCUUUAUUGCCCCCUGACCUCAUACCUCCGACAUUCAGGAGAGUGCGUUCUGGUAGUGGAGUGUCUGUGACCAGUAUACACUCGACAGACCUACGGUCUCAGGAUGAGCUGGAGGAGGAGGAAAAAGAGGCAGAGAAAAAACUUGCAGUCACAUUCGAGGAUAAGAAACGAGAGAACUUUGAGCGUGGAAACCUGGAGCUGGAGAAACGUCGGCAGGCAUUGCUGGAGCAGCAGAGGAAAGAGCAGGAGCGACUGGUGGCCCUGGAGAAAGAGGAGCAAGAGAGGAAGGAGAGAGAACGACUGGAGCAGGAGAGACGCAGACAGCAGGAGCUGGACAGACAACUGGAGAGACAGAGAGAGCUGGAGCGACAGAGGGAGGAGGAGAGACGCAAGGAGAUCGAGAGAAGAGAGGCUGCUAAGCGGGAGCUGGAGCGUCAGCGGCAGUUAGAGUGGGAAAGAACACGCAGACAGGAACUGCUCACCCAGAGAAACAGAGAGCAGGAGAACAUCAUCCUGCUCAAAGCACGCAAGAAAACACUUGAGUUUGAACUGGAGGCCCUGAAUGAUAAGAAGUCACAGUUGGAGGGUAAACUGCAGGACAUUCGUUUCCGUCUCUCGGCUCAGAGGCACGAGAUCGAGAGCACCAAUAAGACGCGAGAGCUCCGCAUUGCUGAGAUCACUAGCCUGCAACAGCAGCUGCAGGAGUCUCAGCAGUGGUUGAGUCGGUUGAUUCCUGACAAACAGUGUCUGAAUGACCAGCUGAAGCAGGUUCAGCAGAACAGUCUGCACAGAGACUCUCUGUCUAGUCUUCAGAGGGCCAUUGAAAUGAAGGAAUCCACCAAACAGCAGCUGAGAGAACAGCUGGACGCUGUGGAGAAGGAGACACGUUCUAAACUAUUGGAAAUAGAUGCCUUCAACACACAGCUGAAGGAGCUAAGAGAAAUCCACAACAAACAACAGAGGCAGAAACAAAAGGAGCUGGAGGCUGACAUCACCCAGCCGUCACAUAACAGGAUGUCCACAGAAUUGCAAGAGUCUAGGUUGUCAGGGACAGAAGAUGGCCUGUCUCCUGCAUGGAGAGAUGAUGGGCUGGGUAAAGCGCCCACUCCUCCUGCGUCUCAGGCUUGGAUAAGCCAAGUGAGUGAAGAGGAGAACCACAGCAUUAGUUUGAGGGCUAGCGCUGCUUCUAGUUCCACCCCUAAAUUGGGUUCCCAUAUGUCAUCCGCUUCUUCAUCGACCACAGCCACACCCAUGCAGCCAGUCUCCGCAGAGUCUGCAUCAAUAGCCCCGCCCUCCUCAGCCCCUGCCCCUCCAGGCCCUGCCUCCUCCUCUUCCUCAACAUCCAGUAACUGGGCAGAUUUCAGCACUACAUGGCCAACUAAUUCCGCUGUGGAGAAGCAGGACAGCGAUGGAUGGGAUGCAUGGCCAACCCAGCCCACUCAGCCGUCCCUGUCAGUGCCCAGUGGAGGGCAGAUCAGACAACGCUCUGCUUUCACCCCGGCAACGCUCUCCGGCUCCUCACCCUCACCUGUGCUCGGCCAGGGUGAAAAGGUGGAGGGUCUGCAGGCGCAGGCUUUGUAUCCAUGGAGAGCCAAGAAAGACAAUCACCUAAACUUUAACAAGAAUGAUGUGAUCACCGUACUGGAGCAGCAGGAUAUGUGGUGGUUUGGGGAGGUUCAAGGGCAGAGAGGAUGGUUCCCCAAAUCUUACGUCAAACUCAUCUCUGGGCCCGUCCGGAAAUCUAUGAGUAUUGAGUCUGGCUCUUCGGACAGCCCUCCCAGUGUUAAGAGACCCAGCCCAUCUCCAAACAAACCCACAGAUCUUGGAGAAGAGUAUGUGGCCAUGUAUACAUAUGAAAGCAGUGAACAGGGUGAUUUGACCUUCCAGCAAGGGGAUGUCAUCACGGUCACAAAGAAAGAAGGAGAUUGGUGGACCGGCACUGUGGGCGGGAAGACCGGAGUCUUCCCCUCAAAUUAUAUCAAACCUAAAGAAUCUGAGGGUUUGGGAUCUGCUGGAAAAACAGGAAGUUUAGGGAAGAAACCAGAGAUUGCCCAGGUGAUUGCUCCUUACACAGCCACCGGGGAAGAGCAGCUCACCUUAGCACCUGGCCAGCUCAUUCUCAUUCGCAAGAAAAACCCAGGAGGGUGGUGGGAAGGAGAACUUCAGGCAAGAGGAAAGAAGCGUCAGAUUGGCUGGUUUCCAGCUAAUUAUGUGAAAUUAUUGAGCCCCAGCACCAGUAAGACCACACCCACAGAGCCCAACCCACCCAAGCUGCCAACACCCAAUGCAGUGUGCCAGGUGAUUGGCAUGUAUGAUUAUACGGCUCAGAACGAUGAUGAGCUGCCUUUCGGGAAGGGCCAAAUCAUCAAUGUUUUGAGCAGAGAGGAUCCUGAUUGGUGGAAGGGAGAGCUGAAUGGUUCUAUUGGCCUUUUCCCAUCAAACUACGUCAAGCUGACCACCGACACAGACCCCUGCCAACAAUGGUGUGCUGACCUUCACCUGCUCGACAUGCUGACCCCAGUGGAACGGAAGAGGCAGGGUUACACACACGAGCUUAUUGUUACAGAGGAGAACUAUGUCAAUGACCUGCAGCUAGUCACUGAGACGUUCCAGAAGCCUUUGCUGGAGUCGGAAUUGUUGACUGAGAAGGAGGUGGCCAUGAUCUUUGUCAACUGGAAAGAGCUGAUCAUGUGCAACAUUAAGCUGCUCAAGGCGUUGCGGGUGAGGAAGAAGAUGUCAGGUGAGCGCAUGCCGGUGAAGAUGAUUGGUGACAUCCUGACGGCUCAGCUUCCUCACAUGCAGCCUUACAUCCGCUUCUGCAGCUGCCAGCUCAAUGGCGCCACCCUCAUUCAGCAGAAGACGGACGAGGUGCCUGAAUUCAAAGAGUUUGUUAAGAGGUUGGCGAUGGACCCUCGCUGUAAGGGAAUGCCCCUGUCCAGUUUCCUCCUCAAACCCAUGCAGAGAGUCACCCGAUACCCCCUCAUCAUCAAAAACAUUUUAGAGAACACUCCAGAGAGCCACCCGGACCACAGUCACCUGCGGCUGGCUCUGGAGAAGGCUGAAGAGCUGUGCUCACAAGUCAACGAAGGCGUGCGAGAGAAAGAAAACUCAGACCGGCUGGAGUGGAUCCAGGCACAUGUGCAGUGUGAGGGGCUGUCGGAGCAACUUGUGUUCAACUCGGUUACAAACUGUCUGGGCCCUCGGAAGUUCCUGCACAGUGGAAAACUCUACAAAGCCAAAAGCAACAAGGAGCUUUACGGCUUCCUGUUUAACGAUUUCCUGCUCCUCACGCAGAUCAUCAAACCUCUGGGCUCGUCUGGAACAGACAAAGUCUUCAGUGCGAAAUCCCACCUGCAGUAUCGCAUGUACAAAACGCCCAUCUUUCUCAAUGAGGUGCUGGUGAAGCUGCCCACUGAUCCUUCAGGAGAUGAACCCAUAUUCCACAUAUCUCACAUCGACAGAGUCUACACUAUACGGGCUGAGAGCAUCAACGAGCGGACGGCUUGGGUGCAGAAGAUCAAAGCUGCAUCUGAGCUCUUCAUCGAAACAGAGAAGAAGAAGAGAGAGAAAGCCUACUUGGUGAGGUCUCAGAGGGCCACUGGUAUCGGGCGGCUAAUGGUGAACAUUGUUGAAGGCAUUGAGUUAAAGCCCUGCCGCUCAAAUGGGAAGAGUAACCCAUACUGUGAGGUGACGAUGGGCUCUCAGUGUCACGUCACUAAGACGCUGCAGGACACUCUGAACCCUAAAUGGAACUCAAACUGCCAGUUCUUCAUCAAAGACCUGGAGCAGGAUGUGCUGUGUGUCACGGUGUUUGAGAGGGAUCAGUUCUCCCCGGACGAUUUCUUGGGCAGGACGGAGAUUCGGCUGGCCGACAUCAAGAAGGACCAGGGCUCUAAGGGGCCCAUCACCAAGCGUCUGCUUUUACACGAAGUCCCUACGGGAGAGAUUGUGGUGCGACUGGACCUCCAGCUCUUUGAUGAACCCUGACCCACGUUGUUUGACUUGACCUUUUGACCCCCCAGAUUCCAUUUCCGCUACUCCUCCGUGGUGAAAGCCCACCAUCCAGAUGUGACAGUCCCACUCCACCCAGCGUCAUGAAUCCCAGAGUGUGAAUGUGUGUAUUUGCGCAAGCGUUUGUGAGUCUGCAAAAUGCUGUAACAGUCUUAAUCGGUGAUCCCAAUUGGAUUUUUAUUGUCCUUGAUACCUUUUCAAGACAAGUGUGUGAAUGAAAAUGAAUGAUGUACUGUAGAGGGAACCUCUCAGUUCCCUAAUGAUGUGAAGGACGUCUCAGGAUGCUGUGAUUUUUAAAGAGUCAAACAUACAGUAGUUGUAUUUAACACUCUAAUGACCCGAGAACAGUAGUGCCGUUUGAAACAAUAUUAGAAUUAUAGAAUACCCAGGAUCAUUCUAGAAUGAAAACCUGUAAGAAUAUUGUUUCAAAUGGCACUACUGCACUGCCAUUCCAGUGAAAUCCAUCAUUAUGGGUGAAUCUCAUGAAACCUUA